AUGUGCACAUCACACCUCAACAUCGCGCUGUUUGAAACUGAUCAUAUCAAUUCUACAUCAGGUGUGAUCAGCUCCAGUCCUGACCCCUGCUUUAACUACACCAUUCUGGAUGAUCCAUGGAGAGCUACCCACUACACUGACGGCACAAUUAGGUGUGAUCAUGACAGAGGUUGGUCAGGCUGGUACAGGCUUUUCUAUCAGGGAGUGAGUGUCCAGAUGGCUGACUGGUGUGUGGAUCAGUACAGAUGUGGCACAGAUUUCCCACUGUGGCUGGCUAGUCCACACCCACAACCAGAGGAUGGAGUGGUCACUCGACAGGUCUGUGGGACCUGGAGCAGCAGCUGUUGCUAUUUCCAGUCCAAUCCUAUUCAAGUGAAGGCCUGUCCAGGAAAUUACUACGUCUAUGAAUUCGUCAGCCCAGCAUACUUCAACUCUGCCUACUGUUCAGUGAGGACUUAUUUAGGUCAGCUGUUUGAUUACCAGAGCAUUAUAAUAGCUGAUACCCCAAACGAUAAUAAGCUGGCCACACUGGGAAACAUGUUUCUUCUGGCCACUGAAAUUCUGAUAUCUGCUGUGGUGAAGCCAACUCCUACCCAAAGCAACAUCGAUAACAUCCUCAACAGCACAGAGGUGAGAAUCUUCAUUGUUGGAUGGAACACCACCCUCAAGAAAACUCUACAGCUGAACACCUCCGACGCUCUCCUGGAUAUUGACCUUAUUGGUAUUUCAAAAAAUAACAAUGGUAAUGCUGCUGUCUCUCUCAUCACCUACAAGAACAUGGAAGAAAUGCUGAAACCCUCCUUAUUCCGCACAGAGAACGACACAGUCAAAACAAUGAUGUCCAGAGUGGUCUCAGCCUUCCUGCCCAAAACCACCAACAAAACGUUAACCAAACCAGUCAACUUCACCCUGAGGCACAUCAGAAAAAUGGAUCCUAAAGAUCUGCUGGACUGUGUGUACUGGAACGUUAGUGAAUGGGUUGUGGACGGCUGUUCCAUCACUGAGACCAACUCCAGUUACACAGUCUGUUCCUGUGAACACCUGUCCACUUUCGCUCUCAUCAUGCAAACUCAAAGACCACCCAAGAGCAACUAUCUCAUGGAGAUUGUGAACACAGUAGCAGUAACUGUUGGGCUGGUCUUUCUGUUCUUGGCUGUGUUGACCUUUGCUGUCUUGGCAAAGAACUCAAGAGUGACCAACACAGCUCUACUCAACCUCUCUCUCUGUCUGCUGCUGGCUCAUCUCCUCUUCCUCCUCACCCAACAUCUCCUGCCUUAUAUACGCAUCCACAAGAGAGUUUGUGCUGCAAUAGCUGGAAUACUCCAUUUCCUUUUUCUCUCUGCGUUUGUUUGGAUGUUCAUUGAGGCCAUACUACUCUUCAUCACAGUUAAGAACCUAUCAAAGAUCAGAUCCAAAAAGAAGGAGGUGGUUCACUGGGGAUUGCUGCUUGUGAUUGGCUAUGUGAUCUCUCUGGCCGUGGUCUCAGUGUCUGUGGGGGUGGUGCCUGAUGGAUAUGGCAGUGAGGAGUGUUGGAUUAAGAAGGACAGAGGCUUCACCUGGAGUUUCCUGGGUCCUGUCUGCUUCAUUCUAGCAGUCAAUUUGGUUCUUUUCAUUGUCAUAAUCAUCCGUCUGAGCUGGAGUAUAAAGAAAGUGAACACUGAGGUCGCACAGCUCAGAUCCACCAGGACUAUGGUGUUCAAAUCCCUGGCCCAGUUUGUUAUCCUCGGUUGCCCCUGGAUACUGGGCUUCUUCACACACAUCAGUGAGAACAUGGAGAUUGUUUUCCUUUUUUUCAACUCCCAGCAAGGCACCUUCAUCUUCCUGGUCCACUGUGUCCUCAAUGAAGAGGUCAGGAGGCAGUACAAGAGGUGGUGGGGCGCACUGUGGCGUUGCCACAAGUAA